AUGAUAAGAACAGAGGAACACGCAGAAGACUAUAUUAGCCCACCAUGGCUAAUGCCAAUGCUACGAGGGAGCUACUUCAUCCCUUGUUCGAUCCACGCUGAUUCCAACAAAAACAAAUGCAACUUGUUCUGUCUGGACUGUGCUGGAAUUGCCUUUUGCUCCUACUGUUUGGUCAAACAUAAAGACCAUCGUUUUGUUCAGAUAAGGAGAUCUUCUUACCACAACGUGGUGAGAGUGAAUGACAUACAGAAGUACAUAGAUAUCUAUGGUGUUCAGACAUAUAUCAUCAACAACGCAAAUAUUAUGUUCCUUAAUGAAAGACCUCAGGCAAGAGUCGGAAAAGGUGUUACAAGCACUUGUGAGAUAUGUUGCAGAAGCCUUCUUGAUUCUGUCCGCUUCUGCUCUCUCGGUUGCAAGAAUGGGGGAAUGAAGAGAGGAGAUCAAAGUUUGACCUUCUCAUUGAGAGGGAAGCAUGGGAGAGAGUACCAAGGUGGGUCGGAAUCAGAUGAGGCUACUACACCGACUAAGAUGCGUAAGACCAAGGAUCUCAACCGUCUCAUGAGUGGUCUGCGCUCGUUGAGCUCGGGGGACGAAUGUGGUUUCAGCUUCUCUCCAGGAACACCGCCGAAAUACAAUCACCGGAACUCAAGCAGACGAAAAGGAAUCCCUCACCGCGCUCUGUUCUAA